UUUAGACAGAGGGGCGGUCAUUGGCGGCCAUGAUGGGUGUCAGCGGCAAGUAGUGACGGCAUUCACUUUGCGUCAGUUGGUUUUGUGCGCUGAUAGUUGGACUGAGGUUUUUUGAUUGAGAAGCGCACUAUAAGCCAAAACAGUUGUACAUAAGAAAGACAGACAGCCGCGAUAGAUUUUUAAUUAGGUAACCGCGGCUGGAAAACCUCGAAAAAUUUUGAAAAACAUCAGAAAAAUGACGCAGUUACUACCCAUAAGGUUUCAAGAACAUCUCCAGCUUACAGCUGUUGGGAUUAAUGCUAACAAUGUUAGCUUUAAUACACUUACAAUGGAAUCUGAUAAAUUUAUUUGUGUUCGAGAAAAAGUUGGUGAUACUGCACAAGUAGUUAUUAUUGACAUGAAUGAUUCUGCGAAUCCUAUCAGGAGACCUAUUUCUGCAGAUUCUGCAAUUAUGAAUCCUGCAAGUAAAGUAAUUGCUUUAAAAGCAAUGAAAACUCUCCAGAUUUUUAAUAUAGAAAUGAAAUCAAAAAUGAAAGCUCAUACAAUGACAGAAGAUGUAGUAUUCUGGAAAUGGAUAUCUUUGAAUACUUUGGCAUUGGUAACAGAGACUGCAGUUUAUCAUUGGUCAAUGGAAGGAGAAUCAACUCCGAAUAAAAUGUUUGACCGACAUUCUUCAUUAAAUGGCUGUCAAAUAAUUAAUUAUAGAACUGAUCCGAAACAAACAUGGUUAUUAUUAAUUGGUAUUUCUGCUCAGCACAAUAGAGUGGUUGGUGCUAUGCAACUUUAUUCUGUUGAAAGAAAAUGUUCUCAACCAAUUGAAGGACAUGCUGCUUCUUUUGCCCAAUUUAAAAUGGAAGGAAAUGCAGAACCGAGUAAUUUAUUUUGUUUUGCUGUUAGGACAGUACAAGGUGCAAAACUUCAUAUUAUUGAAGUAGGUCAACCUCCUGCUGGUAAUCAUCCUUUUCCAAAGAAAGCAGUAGAUGUUUUUUUCCCACCAGAAGCUGGAAAUGAUUUUCCUGUUGCUAUGCAAGUCAGCUCAAAAUAUGAUGUUAUAUAUUUAAUAACAAAAUAUGGUUAUAUACAUAUGUAUGAUAUUGAAUCUGCUACAUGUAUAUUUAUGAAUCGCAUAUCUGGCGAAACUAUUUUUGUUACUGCACCACAUGAAGCAUCUGGUGGUAUAAUAGGGGUAAAUCGAAAAGGUCAAGUAUUAUCUGUAUCUGUUGAUGAAGAAAACAUAAUUCCAUAUAUAAAUGGAGUAUUACAAAAUUCUGAACUUGCAUUACGAAUGGCUGUAAGAAAUAAUUUAUCAGGAGCUGAAGAUUUAUUUGUAAGGAAAUUUAUACUUUUUCAAAAUGGUCAAUAUGCAGAAGCAGCUAAAGUUGCAGCAAAUGCUCCAAAAGGAAUACUUCGAACUCCAGCAACUAUUCAACGAUUCCAACAGGUACCAACUACACAAGGACAAACAUCGCCCUUGUUGCAAUAUUUUGGAAUACUUUUAGAUCAAGGGCAAUUAAAUAAAUAUGAAUCCUUGGAAUUAUGUCGUCCAGUGCUUGUACAAGGUCGUAAACAACUUCUUGAAAAAUGGUUAAAAGAAGAUAAACUAGAAUGUAGUGAAGAAUUGGGUGAUUUAGUGAAACAAGCUGAUCCAACCUUAGCUCUUAGUGUUUAUUUAAGAGCUAAUGUCCCUAAUAAAGUUAUACAAUGUUUUGCAGAAACUGGACAAUUCCAAAAAAUCGUAUUGUAUGCUAAGAAAGUUUCAUAUACUCCUGAUUAUAUAUUUUUGUUAAGAAAUGUCAUGAGAAUUAAUCCAGAUCAAGGUGUAGCAUUUGCCCAGAUGUUAGUUCAAGACGAUGAACCUUUAGCUGAUAUUAAUCAAAUUGUGGAUAUAUUCAUGGAACAAAAUAUGGUUCAACAAUGUACAGCAUUUUUAUUAGAUGCUUUGAAAAAUAAUCGACCAAGUGAAGGAGCUUUACAAACACGACUUUUAGAAAUGAAUUUAAUGUCUGCUCCACAAGUUGCUGAUGCAAUUUUAGGAAAUCAAAUGUUUACUCAUUAUGAUAGAGCCCAUAUUGCACAAUUAUGUGAAAAAGCUGGUUUAUUACAACGUGCUUUGGAACAUUACACUGAUUUGUAUGAUAUUAAGAGAGCUGUGGUACAUACCCAUUUACUUUCUCCGGAUUGGCUUGUUGGAUUUUUUGGAACAUUAUCAGUUGAAGAUUCUUUAGAAUGUUUGAAAGCAAUGUUAACUGCUAAUAUAAGACAGAAUUUACAAAUUUGUAUUCAAAUAGCAACAAAAUAUCAUGAACAAUUAACUACUAAAGCAUUAAUAGAUCUAUUUGAAAGUUUUAAAUCAUAUGAAGGAUUGUUUUAUUUUUUGGGAUCCAUUGUUAACUUCAGUCAAGAUCAAGAAGUACAUUUUAAAUAUAUUCAAGCAGCUUGUAAAACUGGCCAAAUUAAAGAAGUUGAACGAAUUUGUAGAGAAAGUAACUGUUACAAUCCGGAACGUGUAAAAAAUUUCCUUAAAGAAGCAAAAUUAUCUGAUCAGUUACCUUUAAUCAUCGUUUGUGAUCGAUUUGAUUUUGUACAUGAUCUUGUAUUAUAUCUCUAUCGAAAUAAUUUACAAAAAUACAUCGAAAUUUACGUUCAGAAAGUAAAUCCUUCGCGUCUACCUGUUGUAGUCGGUGGUUUAUUGGAUGUAGAUUGUUCAGAAGAUAUAAUAAAAAAUUUAAUUCUUGUGGUACGUGGCCAAUUCUCUACUGAUGAACUUGUAGAGGAAGUUGAGAAAAGAAAUCGUCUAAAACUCUUACUUCCUUGGCUGGAAUCUCGUGUUCAUGAAGGUUGCGUUGAACCUGCAACGCAUAAUGCAUUAGCAAAAAUAUACAUUGACAGUAAUAAUAAUCCAGAAAGGUUCCUUAAAGAGAAUCAGUUUUAUGACAGUAGAGUAGUAGGAAAAUAUUGUGAAAAACGUGAUCCACAUUUAGCAUGUAUUGCAUAUGAGCGUGGUCAAUGCGAUCGGGAAUUAAUAAGUGUAUGUAACGAAAAUAGUCUUUUUAAAAGUGAAGCUAGAUAUUUGGUAAGACGUAGAGAUCCAGAUUUGUGGGCUGAAGUUCUCCUUGAAAGUAAUCCUUAUAAAAGACCGUUGAUCGAUCAGGUUGUACAAACAGCUUUAUCAGAAACACAAGAUCCUGAAGAUAUAUCAGUUACUGUUAAAGCAUUUAUGACUGCUGAUUUACCCAAUGAAUUAAUUGAACUUCUUGAAAAAAUUGUACUUGAUAGCAGUGUAUUUAGUGAUCAUCGUAAUUUACAAAAUCUUUUAAUUUUGACGGCAAUAAAAGCUGAUCGUACACGAGUUAUGGAAUACAUAAACCGAUUGGAUAAUUACGAUGCUCCUGAUAUUGCUAAUAUUGCUAUCAAUAAUGAAUUAUACGAAGAAGCUUUUGCUAUCUUUAAAAAAUUUGAUGUGAAUACAUCUGCUAUUCAAGUUUUAAUUGAACAAGUAAAUAAUUUAGAUAGAGCUUAUGAAUUUGCUGAAAGAUGUAAUGAACCGCCUGUAUGGUCUCAAUUAGCCAGAGCACAAUUACAACAAGGUUUAGUUAAAGAAGCUAUAGAUAGUUUUAUUAAAGCAGAUGACCCAUCAGCGUAUGUAGAUGUAGUAGAAACUGCUCAUCGAACUUCUCAUUGGGAGGAUUUAGUUCGCUAUUUACAAAUGGCUCGUAAAAAAGCACGUGAAUCUUUUAUUGAAAGUGAAUUAAUUUAUGCAUAUGCAAGAACAAACAGACUUGCAGAUCUUGAAGAAUUUAUUUCUGGUCCUAAUCAUGCUGAUAUACAAAAGAUCGGUGAUAGAUGUUUUGAUGACAAAAUGUACGAUGCUGCUAAACUUUUAUACAACAAUGUAUCGAAUUUUGCACGAUUAGCUAUUACACUUGUUCACUUAAAAGAAUUUCAAGGUGCCGUUGAUAGUGCUCGUAAAGCAAAUUCAACUCGUACAUGGAAGGAAGUUUGUUUCGCUUGUGUGGAUAGCGGAGAAUUUAGAUUAGCGCAAAUGUGUGGAUUGCAUAUAGUCGUACAUGCUGAUGAACUAGAAGAUUUAAUCAAUUACUAUCAAGAUCGAGGGCAUUUCGAAGAACUUAUUAAUUUGUUAGAAGCUGCAUUAGGGCUUGAAAGAGCACACAUGGGAAUGUUUACUGAAUUAGCUAUACUUUAUAGCAAAUAUAAACCUCAAAGAAUGAGAGAACAUCUUGAACUCUUCUGGUCUCGAGUUAAUAUACCAAAGGUACUUCGUGCUGCAGAGCAAGCACAUUUGUGGGCAGAACUUGUAUUUUUAUAUGAUAAAUAUGAAGAAUAUGAUAAUGCAGUUCUUGCAAUGAUGCAACAUCCUACUGAAGCAUGGAGAGAAGGUCAUUUUAAAGAUGUAAUUACUAAAGUGGCAAAUGUUGAACUUUAUUACAAAGCUAUACAAUUUUAUGUUGAAUAUAAACCCUUACUUUUGAAUGAUAUAUUACUUGUACUUGCUCCACGCAUGGAUCAUACGAGAGCAGUUGCAUAUUUCAAAAGAACAGGACAUUUACAACUUGUAAAACCUUAUUUGAGAUCGGUUCAAGCGUUAAACAAUAAAGCAAUUAAUGAGGCAUUAAAUGGUCUACUUAUUGAUGAAGAAGAUUAUCAAGGACUCAGAACAUCGAUUGAUGCUUUUGAUAAUUUUGAUAAUAUUGCAUUAGCGCAACAAUUAGAAAAACAUGAAUUAAUUGAGUUUAGAAGAAUUGCAGCAUAUUUGUACAAAGGAAAUAAUAGAUGGAAACAAUCAGUAGAAUUGUGUAAAAAAGAUAGAUUAUUUAGAGAUGCUAUGGAAUAUGCAGCAGAAUCUCGCAAUCCCGAAGUUGCUCAAGAAUUAUUAGAAUGGUUCUUAGAAAGAGGAUCAAAAGAUUGCUUUGCAGCGUGUCUAUUUCAUUGUUAUGAUUUGCUUCAUCCAGAUGUUAUUCUAGAACUUGCAUGGAGACAUCGUAUUUUACAUUUUGCUAUGCCAUAUCUUAUACAAGUAGCACGGGAAUAUAUUACUAAGGUCGAUAAACUAGAAGAAGCUGAAAGUCGACGUAUAGAAGAAACUGAUCAUCAAGAACAUAAACCUAUGAUUAUGC